AUGAAGUUUUCAUUUUUGUUUCCAAAUGGGCGAAUUUAUACGCUAGAUACUCCAAAUGAUACGCUAAUGAGCCAACUGAGACUGAUGAUCUCGUUUGAGGUCGGAGCUUCGGAAUCGGAUCUUACAUUCUUCAAGAAUAAUAAAGCCCUUCCUAUCGAGUCCACAAAUACAGUAUCGGAUUGUGGAUUAUCAGAUGAAGAUAUGAUUUCUGUUAGAAUAAAUGGGUCCAGAGUAUCAAAUCCGUCUCGUUCGUCUUCAUCCACUUCGCAAAAUCCCAUGGUUCCUAUUGAAACUGUUGAGAUACUGCGUCAGCAAUUACUUAACCUCCCUCCUGCUCAACUUGAAUCAAUGCGUAGGCAAAACCCUCGAUUAUAUGAUGCCCUAAAUGAUCGUGGUAAGUGCCUAUUUGUUUACCUUCUUUAUAUGACUUCUUUUACAAUCACGUACAUUUUUCUCUUAUUUUCAGAGGCAUUCUAUCGAAUAUCUCAAAACUUUAAUGAACCCGACCCCGCACGCGAAUUGGUCAACGCUGAUCCUUUUGACCCGGAGGUCCAACGGAAGAUUGAAGAAUUAAUCCACGAAAAUAAUAUUAAUCAAGAGAUGGAAGCCGCGGUAGAAAAUUACCCCGAAACCUUCGGCCAAGUCACUAUGCUCUACGUAGCUUGUGAAGUAAAUGGCCACCCUGUGAAAGCCUUCGUCGAUUCUGGAGCUCAGAUUACUCUCAUGAGUCUAGAAUGUGCUCGAAGAUGUAACCUUGAACGAUUAAUUGAUAAGCGUUUUCAGGGCAUGGCGUACGGUGUUGGCUCGCAAAAAAUUAUCGGUCGGGUCCAUCAAGCUAUGCUGAAAUUCGAAAACACAACGCUUCCCACAUCUUUUCUCAUUCUGGACCAGCAAAUGGACAUCAUGAUUGGGUUGGACAUGCUAAAAAGGCACAGGUGUUGCAUAAACCUGGCUGAAAACGUCCUUCAGGUCGGUGAUUAUGCUCGUAUCCCCUUUCUACCUGAAUCGGAGCUGCCUCAUUAUGCUAAACUUUCUCCUGAAAGAAGUGCCCAACCAGGAUCAAGUAGGACCGAACGGAAUUUCUCCGAGGAACAAUUGUCGAAGGUGGAACUCUUAACAAGCCAAAAUGUGCCCCGUGAUCGUGCAAUUGCUCUCCUAGAAGCCUCAAAUUGGGAUCCAGACGUUGCUCUGGUGAACUACGUCAGUUCCCUCCCUUAA